AUGCUGCAGACAUCGUUGCUUCUGUUGCUCCUAACAGCAUCCGUGCGGUGCGCCCCAGGUGGCGCAGAGCAGCGGAAGGUGUCGGUACUCCAGGGACGCAUAGUGAAUGGCGAAGAAGCAGAACCAGGGGAGUUCCCUCAUAUGGUGCUGCUGCAGUGGAAUGGCGCUAAGCGGUGCGGCGCCUCCAUCUUGAACGAGCAGUGGGCACUCACGUCAGCCAGCUGCGUGUAUAUCACCCCCGGCACCUAUGAGGUGCUGUCUGGUACCAUCAACCUGAGCGAGGGGGGCACGAGGCACGCGGUGACGGAGAUUCACAGCCAUCUGGGCUACAGUCCUGAUGAUUCCUGGAUCAACGACAUCGCUGUUUUCAAGGUAAGCAUAAAACGUCUUUCGUAG